AUGGCGGCAACUCUCUCUAUGAGCUCUGCCAUCGGUCUUCCUGCACCUCCAUUUGACACUAUUCACACUAACACAAUGCCAUCUAAGCAAUCUCGGCCGACUAGUGGCGACACUAUCAACGUUGGGAGCACAGUGUUCGACCCUCAGACGUCGACAGCCAAGGCACUGAGAGAACUAUGCAUCAAUGCACUCAACAACAAUCACACCUUUACACCAGAGGUUCUAGAUCACCUUCUAGACCUGUUGAAAGAUAAAGUUCCCCUUCUAGGUAUCGAGGUAAUGCCGUCAAGUUACCUUACCACCCAUUCUAUAAACAGUAAGCCAGAUCGCACACCGAAGAAGUUCCUGGCGCCGGUGCUUCAUCCUGCGGGUCACGGGGGCUGGGGCCUCGCCUUCGUCAGCGAACAGCACGAAGGCAUUAACAGAACAUAUAUCAGAGCGCUGUACUAUGAUUCUCUACCCGGAAAAGACCGCGGACACGAUGUCGAAAAGAAGCUUCAGCAUUGGUUGGGGCUACAUCAUGGGAAAGCCAUGGAGUUGAGGUUUGGACGGAUUUCUGGUCCUGACCAAGCCCCUAAACAACGUUAUUUGAGCGGACAAUUCGUUGUCAUGGCGGCUCAUGAGUUUAUCAAGUUUGGGAAAAUCAACUCAAAACCCGAGAAAUGGAACGAUGACCCAAAAACGUUUAUCAUGGGCCUUUUGAAGGAUGAGCACGUGGCUACCAGACAACUGAGUCAGGAGUCGUCGCUGUCUGUCCGGUAUGGCACCCCAAUCAUGCAAACAAAGACACCGACUCCUGUCACGCCUGCGCCCCAGUCCAAUACGUCCUCUUCCAAGAAGAAGAAUCUUGAGAUCCCUCCUUAUAAGAAUGACUGUUUUACUCCUAAAGCGCCUACGCCAGCGCCACAGUCUUCUCCAGAGAGUCGCAAGCGCAUCACCGCAUCGCCUGCGACUAGGCGUAUGGCUACAGAUAUCAAGGCCAAGAUAGGCUCCCCAACGCCAUAUAAACGUGUCAACGAUGAAUGUCACAGUUCAGAGCCUGACUCGAAGCGAUGCCGGGUCGAGGUUGACAUGGGCGACAGAACGAGGGAGAUUAUCUCAUAUCUCUGUGGCCAGGAGCUUCCAACUGAGGCUACUUCAGCAGAAGAAAGCGACAAGCGCAUCGCAGAGCUCCGUAGCUGUGAAAAGAGGUAUGAGGAUGAAAACGAGGCUUUGAAUCAAAGCAACGCGCAAUAUGCACUGCAUAAGAAUACGUUCGACAGCGUUUCCAAAGAGUUUGAUUCACUCCAAGCUGAAAUCGACGAACAGGAGAGGGCGAUAGGGGCGGCGAUAGGGGCAUACAAUGCCCAGGUCCCUGAAGUCAGAAACGCCUGGCAAGACAAGAUGUUGGCUGCGAUGCGCGGUGUUUUGGAGCCUGAGAAGGGAAAUCUCGAGACCAAGUCGGUCGAGAAGCGUCAAAUAGAGGAGACUCUCAAGUCAGCGGGCGAGAAGCUUCUGGCGCGACAAGACCAAGUCGCCAAGGUCAUGCAAGAGAAGUCGUCGGCGGAUUAUGAGGCUCGGCAGGCUGCUGAGUGGGAAGUGAUGAAUGAUAUCGCACGUGACGCUGCGAGGAAAAUGAAGGAAUAUAAGAAGUCUACACAGAUCGAGGAUUGGUUGCCUGUUUUUGAAGAGAGACGACGACAGAAACAAAAGGGAGGAGGACCUGUCAGCUAA